AUGAUCAUGAUUUCACCCUUUAUAUUGCUCACCAUAGCUUCUUUCGCCUCAGCGUGGAAGGAUCUAUCAGAUAACACUUUAAACUUCCUGCCAAACCCCUCAGACGCAGAUUUUGAUAUUAACACGGGAAAGCUUCUCUCUCCGAUCUUAAUCCCCCGCGUCCCCGGUACUGAGGGAUCACUCAAAGUCCUAAAUCAUUUCCAUAACUUUUUCACCUCAGAGCUUCCAUCAUGGACUCUUGCCACUCAGAACUCCUCCUCCGUAACGCCUACCUCAAAUGGAAAAGAGGUUCCCUUUGUCAAUUUUAUGGCAACACGUGAUCCCCCAUGGGCACAGCCGGGGGAUGUUGGUCGGCUAGUUCUUGUCGCUCAUUACGACUCGAAAUUGACGCCGAAGGACUUUAUUGGCGCGACAGACUCAGCUGUCCCGUGCGCAUUGCUUCUACACAUAGCACAAAGCAUUGAUGCAGCUCUCACUAGGAAGUGGGCAGAUCUUGAAGCGAAGGGGGAAACAGGGGACGAUCUCGACGACGACGACGACAUUGCUAGGAAGGGAAUUAUGUUAUUAUUUCUAGAUGGAGAGGAAGCCUUUCAUAACUGGUCAGACGAUGAUUCGCUUUAUGGAGCUAGGAGUUUAGCAGAGACCUGGGAAGCUUCGCACCAUCCUGCGUUGUCAAGCCGCCAUAACGAGAUUGCUAACGUUGACCUCUUCCUCCUCCUCGAUCUUCUCGGCUCUCAGAACCCUAGAGUCCCAUCUUACUUCAAAACCACUCAUUGGGCAUACAAUCUCAUGUCCGAUCUUGAAACUCGCAUGCGCGAAUCCAACCUUUUUCUCUCACACGAAGCUUCUCCUGGAAAAUGGUUCUAUGACCUGCCUAUGAAAGCUGCGAGUGCCGACUGGCACUCCAUAUUGGACGAUCACAUCCCGUUCCAAGCGCGUGGUGUGGAGAUCUUCCACGUUAUCCCAAUUCCAUUUCCGAAUGUGUGGCACACCAUGAAUGAUGAUGGCAAACAUCUGGAUAUGCAGACGGUUAAGGACUGGGCAUAUCUUACUACUGCGUUCACUGCGGCGUGGCUAGAGCUCGAAGGUCAUGUGGAGGCUCCGCUGGAUACAGCGGGGAAAAUUAUCGAUGAUAUCGGAAUUAAUAAGAGGGAAUACAAGAGUGAGCUCUAG